AUGCAACAGCCACAGCAGCAAGAUCUGCAGAUCGGCCUGCCAUACGCGCCAGUCCAACCUCCGAUACCCUCGCCAGCCGCCUACUUUGCCUACCUUCCAUCACCCUCCCGAUGGACUUUCACGCAGGGUCUUAUUGUCGGCCAGGUAUCCAUGGUCAUUGUCGCGCUCCUCCUCAUCCGAUACGUCAUCUUUGAAGACUCAGCCACCGCUCUGGAAAAGGAAAGGCUCAUGCGUCUCAAAGUCUCCCAACGCCGUUCAAAGCUUCAUGCCAAAGCUCUUCUACAGGACGCCAGAAAGGCCAACUCCGCUGCUGCCAGUGCUGCUGCUGCUGCUGCUCCUUCGCCCGCCUCUCACCCGCUGCGCAAAUCCCAUCGUCUUGCUUCCGACACGAGAGCAUCCAUGUUCGCCAACAUCCUCGACAAAACCGCCUACGACCUCUCUUCUCACCUUCCCGAAUCCGCCGACUGGCUCAACGUCAUGUUUGCUCAAGCGAUUGCAGGCUAUCGCGAAGAUGUGCUCACUGGCGGCGUAUCUUCUCAUCAUCACACCGCUUCCGACGCCAUCCCUUCACCGAACCCGCUCGAACCACAAAAGGAGAGAACGGCUCGUGAUUUGAUGGAAGAGAUCCUUAAUCGUGCCACUUCCUCUUUCCUUGACCCAAUCCGCGUCACCGAAGCCGACUUUGGCGACGCCUAUCCCAUCUUCACCAACGCCCGCGUCCGUCCAGCAGAUGAUACAGGCCGCACACGCAUCGAGAUCGACGUCGACUAUUCCGAUCAGAUCACCCUUGCCAUCGAUACCAAGCUCCUCAUCAACUUUCCCAAACCCAGAUUCGCCGUCCUUCCUGUCUCGCUCGGCCUGACCAUUGUACGAUUCUCGGGCACCUUGGCAAUCGAGCUCUUCUCUUCCGAUCCAAAUGCUACCGUGCUUCCAACUGCCAACCCAAAUCCUUCCUCUUCCUCUUCCUCUUCCGCCACUCCGCCACGCUCUCGCCACCAGCUCCACUUUUCCUUGCAUCCCGACUUUGCGCUCGAAGCGUCAGCGACCAGCUUGUUAGGCUCCCGAGCCAAGCUGCAAGACAUUCCCAAGAUCGAGCAGCUCCUCAUCUCGCGCCUUCGCGGUUGGAUCAUGGAUCGAUUUGUCUGGCCGAGGUACUGGAGUCUCACGCUUCCCAACCUCGUCCCCUCUCCCGCUGCCUCUCGCAGCUUCUCGGCGGCUGCAGCUGCCAAUAGACACACCGACGCAGCUUCAGUAGGCUCAUCAGGUGGGCAUGGUCAGAUCAACGUUGGUACGGGUGUCGAGAGAACCGACGCUUCGGUUAUUCAGCCCGGCCACCACGAGUCGGCGCGUCAAGAGAUGCUCCACGCCGCGUCUGAACGUCCCUCUCUUGCAUCAUCACGUCCACCUCACGUGCGCUCUUCGUCGUCGGGACUGCGUGCAAAUGGAAUGGGUAGCGUCGAAGCUUGGAGAGCACACGCAGCAGGUGUGUACAAUCAGCCCUCUCACCAACAUGCCACCAGCCUUAACCAGGCCGCCUUGCUGCGCGCCCAUGUCGGAGGAGGAGGAGCUACUGACUGCGCGCCCGGUUCUGACGUCAAUAUCGAAGUCCCCGGCAGUUAUCGCGGCUCAGUAGCGGGCGCAGGCAUCGAACUCGCCUCGUCCUCCAACGCUUCGUCUGUUCUCCCCACCGGUGCGCACCAUUCAUCAGGACUACGUAAUCGGCCAGGCUUUGUACAGUAG